CAACAGCAGGGACCAGCUGUGGCACGUGACACUGAGCAUGCGCGCGCACACCCCAAGCUCCGCCCUGUAGGUGACAUCGUGCUACAUCCUCCGUCGAACCCAGCCAAUGCUGAUUCAGAAUUGGGUAGUUCUCGUUCCACUUUCCGCCCCUCAUCACGGCUUCCGUUUCCGGUUUGACGGACGCCUUGGGUGUAAGGAUGAUCGGAGACAUACUGCUGUUCGGGACGCUACUGAUGAACGCCGGGGCUGUGCUCAACUUUAAACUGAAAAAGAAGGACACACAAGGCUUUGGGGAAGAAUCGAAGGAUCCCAGCACAGGAGACAACAUCCGAGAGUUUUUACUAAGCCUGAGGUAUUUCCGGAUCUUCAUCGCACUGUGGAAUGUGUUCAUGAUGCUCUGCAUGAUCGUACUGUUCGGCUCUUGAGCCCGGCAUGGAACCCAGAGCUCACCUGCUGGACAUCAAGGCUCCAUUUCUGUUUCUGAUGACUUCAAGAAUCUUCUCACUGGAAAACCAGGGACCUUCCCAGAAGGCCCAAGCUCAUUUGGGUGGAGAUGUCCAUUUCUCAGCCCCUGACCCUUGUCAGCCACAGUGACAAAGUCAGGUUUUGUUAGGAGAAAGACCUAGAUCUUCCCCUUGUGCUGGCAUUCCAGCUUCUCCAGAAACCUAACCUGGGCUAUUUCUUGGUUCACUUGAUGGUGACCGUUUUGGUUUGAUUUGGGUGUCUUUGUCUGUCUGGUUUUUUGUUUUGUUUUGUUUUGUUUUGUUUUGUUUUGUUUUG